UACUCACAAACCUCUACAGGGAAACAGUCAGACACACACACGUCAGGCGCCCCUCCCGCCCGUCUUACCUGGUCGUCACUCAUAGUUUGGAGUAAAUUACACGUGUGUGAUUAUAUUUUCAGGCGAGUCUUUGAGGGAGUGGUUUCUAAUUUUCUUUUACUGCUGACACAUAUAUGAAGUACUAUUCUCGUCGUGUCGUAAGCGUUAAUUAUGUCUGGUUAUCACUACUUCUCUGUCUCCUAAAUCAUGUUUCGUUCUUAAUGGGGUCAAAUUAUUGUCUAAAUAUUGUACGAAUUAAAUAGUUUCAUGUAAUUAUUUUUUUGUUGAAGAAUUAUUUUUGGUGACUAAUUUAUUAUGAUCCAUGAAUCGUAAUGUUCAUACAUGUACAGUGAACAACACCAAAAUUCCUGCACCUUUAUGAUGUUAUGCAAUAUGACACACCGGACCAAGCAUUCUGAACAACAUGGUGUUCGUACGGGUUUUAUAAUGUAUUCUUGCUAAUUACUCUGUAUUAACUAUACGUGAUUUACAGAAUACAUCGUAUAGGUUACAAAAUCUGACGUACCAACCUUACCAAAUGAACAUGGCCUCAGUGAGUGAUCGUUGAGAAGACCGACAGACCCAGACGCCAAGACGGGAGGGUUACCGGAAAAGACGGUCGCCUUGCAGAUGAAUGACCAAAACUCCACAGCUAACGAGUCUGACCUCAAGGUUGAACUGGACCAGAGGACUGGCUCCUCCAUGAGUAACAAGGAGGGCGAGCUGGAGGGAUGGGGGGAGAAGGAGGGGGAGCACCCGGCUACCCCCACCUACAUGGCCUCCACCAACUCCUACCUGUACCCAGAAACCUUCACCGGCAUCCCUCUUAAAAUUAAUGGUCACCUCACCAGUAACGGAGGCGGGCUGUCUUAUGGCAACUACGCUGAUCACUCGACAGUGGCCACGGGCCAACAACAACAACAACAACAACAACAACAGCAGCAACAACAACAACAGCAACAACAACAACAGCCUUCUUCUCCCUCGGGGGGUUACGUCAUGGGUGGAAAUGUCAGCAGCGCGGGAGGCGUGGGGAGUUACACACAUACGCCCCCGGGCAUCGUCACCUCCAGCCAGCACUCCCUCUAUCCUGGCUACGGGGACUACGACGGGGGACACGAUGCCCCUGACGGAGUGCAUGGCUUCUCUCCUGGCUACAACAACGGCUUCGCCAAUCACAACUUCAAGACCUCGUCUGGGUCACUGCCGCUGUCACUACACGUCAACUCCAGAGGGAACGGGUCGGUAGCGGGUAACGCCACCUCCACCAUCCCCAGACUAGGGAUACCUGUCGACCCCAGUCAGUAUAUCGUGCCGCCCAGGACCCAAGUCAUGCAAGGUGCUCUGGCCACACACGUCUGAUCCUCGGCGACCCAGCACCGCCCUACGUAUUGUUAUAAUUAUUGAUAGCGUAAACCUCUGAUGGAAACCCUACAUAAAAGACAUGCAGUGUGGAAGCUUAAAACAUAGAGCUAAUGUGUUGAUAACGUCCUUAUGUGUUGUAUAUAUGAGGUUAAAAAAACAGAUGAAGCAUUGUAUCUGCAAGCUGUGUAGUCAUGUUUUUUUUUAUGUAUAUGUCAAGUAAAAAGCAGCAUCUACACCACGUUAUCACAGGUGGGUGGUGGUGGGUGGCGCUGCAAGGCGACACACACCACACACACCUCUGCGAGCCUUCCCCUGCAAGAUCAACAUCAGAGGCGUGUUCCUACCGUGGUGCAAUAGUCGUAAGAUUAAGUUGAUGUAACAAAAUGUAAAAGGUUUUCUAGAGUUUAUGAAAACUGCUGUUCUCUUUUCUCCACAAACUUUAUACAGUCGUUAAACUUGACAGAAGAAACUCGUCAAAUCCUAAAGUGAUAUUUUUCAUGUAUAAAAAAAAAACAUUAUAUGUGGCCCAGAAAUCUUACUUUAUAUCAUAAUGAUGAUGUUGAAAAUAUUUUUUAAUUCAGGUAGUGUAAAUCCUCCUUCUCGUGCAUCUGUUACGAUAUAGCUCUAGUGUUUGUGGUGGUUCAUCUUAUAUUCUGUCAACCAUUUCCCUUUCACGCCCAGUAUUAUUGGACUAUGCGUCUCUCGUGCUUGGCUACACGUGGAGAGAUAGUAUAGGAAAAUAAAACUAUUAAGAGAGAUUACGAGUUGGUGGAGUUGACAGUCUUGGAGACUCUGGUUGGGAGAAAAAGAGAGCCAGGAAAUACAAGAGUAGUCCUUGUAAGCUACGAGAAUAAGGAUGAUAAUUGUAAAGCCAAUACAUUUCCAAUACGUGAUUACAUUGGGGACUGAAGUACCAUAGGAAUGUGUUUUAUACGACCCCUUUUUAGUAUUCAAGUGAGUGGGAUCAGCUUAGUGUAUAUAGAGAAUAAGAGCGAAGGUUGUGCGUGUCGUGGGCUGCAGUGUAGCCAACUAUAAUGAAGAAAAACCUGUUGUUCGUUACCCUGAAAACUGUUUACAUUUUUAUUAUAUUAUAGAAUGUUAAUAAAGGCUCAGGGAUAUGAAAGGUAAUCAUCAAAGUUAAAUUUUACUCGUCAUAUUUUCUAUGUAAAACAAAAUGAGGUCAUUACGUUUAUCAUGUCGGAAGAAAAAUGUAAGAGAAGCAGAAGAUGCCUGCUAAGAUGUCCAUUUUUUUCCAUUAAUUCCUUCAAAAGAGUAACACAUAAAAUCGUAAGUAAAACAGUCCAAAAAAGAGAGAAUAAGAGGAUUUUCUCUGAGGGUAUAAAUGAGUCCGUGAGCUGUUGCUUCCCUGUGCGGUGCGUCACUCCUGCGUGUUGUUGUUGUUGUUGUUGUUGCCAUUUUUGUAAACAGUUCCUUCAGCCGAGGGACGCGAGUAAACUAUUAUAGUCUGUAUGAAAUAUAAUCUUAUUCUGGUGUCUUACAGCUCGGUGUCGCGCGGGCCGGGUUAGGUAAAGCCUGUGGCUGACUUUUAGCGGUUUUAACAUAAUGUCUAUAUAGGGAACUCACCAUACACGACGGCGUGCUUCAGCGUUAUAUUUUGAUAUGCUUGGUGUGUGUGUGUGUGUGCGUGUGUGUGUGUGUGUGCGUAUAUCUGUGGUUAUCAUACAGAUACGUAGAACAGCUGCUGGCGUAGUAGCGUUUCAAGACGACUAAAACACUGAAAGUUGACCAAAGAAAGUCUUAACAUAUCUUUAAAACAGAUGAUUCAUAAGAUGUUUGUAUCUUGAUUCCUAAAAAAACAAAAAACACUCGAUUUCCUGGAAAGAUUUUCGGCAUGACUGAUAUAACACAUUUUUAUUACAUAUAAAUAUAUAUAAAUAUAUAUAUACAUACAUACAUACAUAUAGUACCUCAGUGUAAUUUUUCUUCCUCUUUUUGGAUGUGAUUUAUCGCCAGUAACACUUAUAUAUAUAAAUAUAUAUAUAAAACCUCUGGAUAAUAUUUUUUAAAGAGACUAGAAUAUCCAUCUCCGAAUUUUCUAAGCUUAUUUUUAUUCCUCCAGAAACUCUUGCGUUCUGAAUGGAUUGAUGUGCGUCUCAUCCAUGUGCUAACAAUCAAUCCUCAAUCCCCAUCCCCCAGUCUUCCUGAUUGUUACCAUUAGCCCAUCAGAGCGUUGGUGUGUACAGAUUGUUUACUUAGAUGAUCUGACCGUGUGUAGAGAGAGUGAGUUUGGCUGGAGAUAGAGAACUCUUACAUCAGCUGAUCUCCGACUUUGGGUUUUAGGGAAAAAGUCUUCUGUAUGAUAUUUUGAGGUAAACACAGUAUUUAUAGGAUGAUGAAUAGACAGAUAAUGUUGUAUUGUGUAGCCAUUAAUGGUGUUCUCAAAAGGGAAGAAAUUAUACCAACAGUACAUUCUAUCUUCUAAAUUUAUUCCUACGUGGAGUUGUGUGCAUAUUCUUUUUUCGAUGGAAUAGACUUGCACAACAUUUGGUUUUAAUCUUUAAUAUAAUCAGACUGAAAAUAUUGACAAUAUUUAACCUUGGAUGGAAAAAAUAAAGAAAGACAAUAAAUAUUUGUUAAGGAAAUAGCGGGAUGAAAUUUGUCGUUAAAUAUAUAGAGAAGUACUUAUGACUAAAAUUCUAUUGGUCUUGCGGCCUAUGGUGGCAGGUAAUGCAUUUCGUAGACUUUACUGUGUGUGCAUGCUGUUGCUGACGGCAUAGCCUUGCCAUGUAUAUAGUGUAUGUAGGGAGGUCUUGCAUGUGUCAUAUCACUUGUUCAUUUUCAUGUUCAUCACAUAUCUGUGUACAUAUCAAAAUAUUUGUAAUUUUUUGUACAUAUGCUUACAGUUGUAAUAAAUAUUUUUCUACAUAAAU